UAGGGAACUGGGAGAGGCGGGGCUUGUAGUCGGUGCUGAGUCUCCAGUGUAUCACCGGCAGAGCCGCACUGUCCGUCUUUCAUUCAUCACCGGAACUGUGCAGCUCUAGCAUCAGCCCUGGUACAGUCAACCAUCCUGUCUCCUCCGACCAAGGACACCGCCGCCGGUCAUCAUCCGCGGCGGGCCUACGUGGGAAAAAUGGAGCCUGCUAUCGUGCAACAGAGUGAUAUGCUAAUGUGUUUGCGUCAACAUGGAGCCUACUGGUAUGAAGCACUGGAGCCAAGGAUCUACCCAGAAGACAUGAAUGAUUUUGGUGUCCAUGUUCUCAUCACUUGACCAACAGGAUAAUCUACUGACGACAUGUUGUUUCAAGAUGAAGAUUGACACCAGCCUGACUAUGCCCCAGCUCCCAGAGGCCCUGUCCCACACAGGCCUUCAAUUUGCUGUAGCCACUGAGGAGGACUUUGAAGAAAUCAUGGCUAUGAGCCAGGACAUCUAUGGAGGCCUUGACUACCUUCCCACCAGAUACACCAGCUGGCUGCAAGAAACCAACCGUAUAGUGAUAUUGGCCCGCAAACAGGGAAAAGUGAUUGCUCUGGAGUCAGUUUGUGUGAUUGAUGACGGGGAGACUAUGCUGGUGGAAGGUCUUCGAGUUGCCCCUCAGGAAAGAGGAAAGGGCGUGGCAGGAGUUCUGCUGCGUUUCUGCUCUGAACUGGUCAAAUCCAAGUACCCAGAGGUCAAAGUGAGCCGCCUGACCCGUGAUGAUCAGCUUGGCCCUAAGGACUUCCAGAAAUAUCGCAUCAUAACUAAGCAGGGGAUUCUGCUGGUGCGCUUCAGAGCUGAAGACCUCAAGCUGCGUCUUUCUGAACUUGGUCUGGGUGGAGACAUCCACUCCUCGAUGUCCUCCUCCCCCUCCAUUAUUCCACCGGUGCGACUUGACCAUACAGCCAUCCACCGACUUUAUCUGACCACUGACCUGAUGCAGGGGGUCCUUCCUAAUGCUACCAUCAUUCAAGACUGGCAGCCAUUCAAGCCAUUGCCCAGCAACAUGGCCAUCCUUCUCAAGAAGGACAUUGACUGGAUGGUAGAUGAUGUAUCCAAUCCUACCGUGGCCAGUCUUUGCACCUUCCCUUUCAGGGUGCCCAUUGGAGAUGACUGGUAUUACCUGAACAUUGACAUGUUCGGUAAAGACCUGAACUUGGCUCGGCAGCAGUUCUUGUGCCACCUGCAGCGCCACACUGCAACCCUGAAGGGUCAUGUGAUGUGCCAGAUGUUCUUGGAUCCACCACUUUGGAAGUCGAUGGCUGAAUUCUGCAACAACACCUUGAGCGUGGAGCUGGUGAAAGAGUACACUGAGCAAUGCGUGGUGGAGUCAGAUGUCGUCUAGUUACAGAGGGUGCAUGGAAAGGAGCAGAAGGUGAGGGGGCAAGAAAGGAAUGAGACAAGGGUCUUGACAACAAAAAUGGACAUAAACCAUUUCCACAUCAUAAAGAAACACAACCCUCUGUAUUGAGGAGAUAGAAAUCAUACAAACAAAAUUUAGUUUUUCAAAACAAAACUCCUAAGAAUGCAGUAAAUUUCAUUUAACAAAUACAGAAAGAAAUACACGGCAGGCACAUAAAAUCAUAAACACAUCACACAAUCAGCUACAAUUGGGAUGUGACAAAUACUUCAUUGUAAAGAUCCUAAUAUUCAAUUGACAUUAGAAAGGUACUGAUCUAAGGCUAUAGUUAAGAGGCAUUUUUAAUAUGUUGUGUCCCCAAAAUACAUAGAGUGGGCAUGAAAUAACAUAACUACCUCUUAGUAGAGGUCUAAAAUGGACCUGCAGAAAACAUAUGCAAACACACUGUUUAUAUAUUUUUUUUUUUUUAAAAGAGGAGAGACCCAAUCUGAGAGGGGCCCAAUUUGAGUCUCCCCAAGGAUAAUUUUGUUAGUACUGACAAGAGAGCUUUCAAUUGGUCAACAGAGAGUUUUUUAAUAAAAGGGUUCUUCAAAGUUGAACUGUACAUCAAAGCCCCCACAUAUGAAUUCAGAGUCAUCCUGUUACAUUGAAAGAAAAUUAAUGUUUGUCUCCAAUGUCAUUGUGAAAAAAAACACCAAUGUGAGUGGUGAUUACAAUCCAAUGGAACAAUUUCAGUUCAAUUCAAUUUUAUUUAUAUAGCGGCAGUUACAGGUCAAAUUGUCUCAAGACGCUUUACAGAACCCAUAUUUCUGAACAAAAGUAUGAACUAUCGCCUAAACAAUUAUCAUGUCAUUUAUUAAUCAUCUAAUUAGCUUAGCUUCAAUUGAUACUACCUGUCCAGGGUGUCCCCUGCCUUCGCCCGAGUCAGCUGGGAUAGGCUCCAGCACCCCCUGAGAACCUAGUGAGGAUAAAGUGGUGUAUAGAGAAUGGAUGGAUGAAUUGAUACUUUACCAUAGUGAUGACAGGUGCUACUGAUGUUUGGUCUGUGCCCUGUAUAUCCCAUGAGCUAGAAAAGUGUGAUAAGAGUCAUUAGCUUGGGGAAGCUUUCUCACACUGGUAUCAGUGAUGUAAUCUAAAAAUAGUGCAAACAUGCAAAUGCUCUUCUUUGAAGAAAACCAAUGGAAGUACCCCUAGAGCAUCAAACCUUUCAAUUCUGCUCGUUCUGUAAAUAUGGCACUUCUAAAUGUGUACAAAGGCUGAGUUGGGUUACUGAAUCUGCACAACUCUAAAGGCACUUUAUUUAAACUACACAGACAGGUUAGAAUGAAAAGGAACAGUUCAGGAUCAAAUAGGAGUAAUUUGCAGAUCCCAUCCCUUUACUCUUCAUGGGUGCAUUUUAACUAGCAUUACCUUCGGACUAUCAACAACAACUGUCUGCAUACACAGUUAAAUAUACAUGCCCAGACACAAAAUGUCUGACAGUUUAUCUUCUGUUAUGGUCAAGCUUGUGUCUUAGCUUUUUUUCUUUUUUUAAUUUCAAAUCUUUGACUGUAAAUAUAUAUGUGUUAUAUAUUUAAUAUUUUCACUUAAAUGCUGCAAUAAAAUGAUUAACUUUCGAAGCUGUAAGUGAAAUCUAGGCUUACUUUUGUAGAUUCUUAGCAUAAUGCCAAACAUAAUGCUAAUGCUUCAAAAUGUUUAAAAGAUGGCUGAGCAGUUUACUGGCUGCAUCUAACAAGGGGAAAGGGAAUGUAAUGCAAGUAACUAUUUUAAUUAACUGAAGUAUAAUGUUACAUGUUUUAAUCAUCUCUAAUAUUAGCAGGCGAAAGCUAUUAGAAAGUAUUCCCGUUGCACCUAUGAAAGAACAGUGCUAAGAGAAGUUUUCUUGCCACGUUAGGACAAAUUAAUUUCUGGGUUUUUUUUGUCUAAACAUGAACAAAAUAUUGUGGAUUAUAUACAUGGCCAAGGAUGACACAAAAUUUUGCUGCAUCGGACACUUGUCCAUUAAAAUCUGAUCAAAUAUCUGUUAUUUUUGUAUAAUGCUAAUUAUCAAUGUUAGUGUGCUAACCUACUACACUAAACUAAUGGUAAAAGCUACAUCGGCUAAACAUCAUGAGCAUGUUAUCAUGGUGACAUUAGCAUAUUGCUAAUGGACAGCCUGAUAAAGCUACUCGCGUCACUGUAAAAUUGUCCCUUUGAUUAAUGGCCAUGAUAUAAACACAAUAGACACUGUUGCGUUCUCAUAUAAAAAAUAACAACAAUCAUUACCUUCCGCCUACCUGUAGUGCAUUAUGUCCUUAUCCAUGUCCUUAUGCCUGCAUUGCCACCUGCAUAUUAAGUUUCAGCUGGAGGUAUCAUAGCAGGCCUAAAUAUUCUUUCUUAUUUCUCUAGAGAUUAGUUCCCCAGUGGCGUUAAAAUUAUGUCAUAAGAGCAUCUUCAUUUUUUAUACUCUCUUAUUCUACAUUUAAAUGCCCAUGUACAGAGUGUGAGACUGCGCAGCUAUCUGAGUCUGCAGUUAGUUUGUUUUUGGAGAUACACUUUAUUUUGUAUAGAACUAUUUUUGUCCCUUUUGCCUUGACAAGCUUUUAUCUCGACUCUGACCUCCUUCUUCCUCUGGUAUGCAAUUCUGUAGGUGUGAGGAUGACUGGGCCUAUUUUUAAAGAAACACAAACGAUGAGUGAAAUCUUUUCAACAGCUUUUUACAUAACAGAAUUAGAUCAUUAAACAGUCCUCCUUUUAAAAAUUCUGAAUAUUGAGAGUAGCCACACUCUCAUAUAUCCCAGGGAUCAUAAGAAACAUCAUGAACAACUAUCUUUAUAUCCUUGAGUUUGUAACCAAAGAAAAUAAUCUAAACUGAUGGCCUUUUAUUUGCUGCCAGUAGUGAACACGUAGAAAUGGAAGGUUGUAAAAGCCACAGCUGCAAUUACGUUUGUUUUUUUGUGAUUACAUAUCCCAUAUUUAGUGAUCUUAGAAUAACAUAGCCCAAGCUGUAUUCUCAUGAUUGUGAUUUUGAGGUGAUAGCCAUGUUUAUCGGCUAACACACAGCACACAUUUCAGACUAGCUGUUAACAUUGGGAGGUAUCAGGGUUUACUCAAGGGAUGAGUGGAACCUAAUGAUGUGGAAGAAUUAAUAACCCUGAAUUGACUCCAGGUUUGGUGGAUGGCCAUAUAAUUAAACACACAUUUAGUUCACAAAAUCAGCCGUAAUAAUGGAGGUAUAAAACUGGAUUUUAUGGGCAUUUUAAGACAACACCAUGAUAAGAUCCACCCUUUCACGUAAUUUAAUAUUGUCUUUUGGUGGCUCUGUUUUCUUGCAUUCCCCAAAUGGUGGUAAAUAAAUUAUUUAAUUAGGCAACUAAACUAAAUUGAUCAACAAAAAUAGUUGCCACACAAUGAAUGUGGAAACUCUGGGGCCAGUCAAAGGUCUGGGGUCGCAUGGAAGUUGACUGUAUGUUGACUGUUGGUAAUCCAGCCUAAGUCUAAUGCAGUAUAUGUCUGUGCAAUGUAGCGAUAAUAUUCAAUUCCACUGUUAUUUGCAAUAUUGCCAGAUGUGAAGGAGCUAGUUCUGACUUUGAGUCAAGUUUUGGAUUUAUUGUAAAUCUAGUACUUGGCUUUUAAGCUAAGGCCAGUCUUCACCACAGCAGUUUGGCACAACACUACUGAAUAUGUGUUUUAUUUUGGCAUUCCAUCUCACCUUCACUUGUAAACAAGACUCUACAGGGUGUCCCUAAAGUUUGGACACACAGGAAAUCUCAUUAACUAUGUCAUUUUUUUUGGACUCAUGUCUUAUAUAUGGCUUUGUCGAAAGAAGAAAGACUUGAACUGGUACUUCUCAGUCAACGUGAAGGACGGACGUAUAGAUGAACAUAAAGAUAGCAGAUGAAGAUAAAGAUAGUGCAUGUCAGCCAAGGAGGAUUCCACUUGGCUUCUCCACGGUGCAAAGGUGGUUAAAAAGUUUAAAGAAAUGGGCUGUGCCAUGGACAAACCCUGUUCUGGACGACCUUGUGUAUCAGCCGAAACUUUAGAAUUGGUCAUGGCUAAAGUUCAUGCUAGCCACAAAAAAUACUUCCCUUCACGUCCACUGAGAAGUACCAGUUCAACUCUUUCUUCUUUUGACAAAGUGAUAUUUAAUCUGUGGAGGCAAAAAAAUAUAGCUAAUGAGAUUUCCUAUGUGUCCAGACUUUAGGGACACCCUCUAAUAAAACUGAAUUUAUUUAUUUUUUGUUGGCAACUACUAUAAUUUGGAGUCAGCCACCCACCUUUUGCUAGCAGAACAUCAUGACUUUCAACUUAGAGAUGUCAAUUGCAGACAUACACAUCCUAACAUAUAUGUUGCCUAUUUUUGUCAAAUAUUCACAGUCAUUUUGUUAGAUUAUGGUAAUUUUAUAGUCACAAAAAAAUCACAAUUUCAAGACAGUCAGAUAAUUUUCUUGUGAUUCAUAGAAAAGAUCUUUAAAACAAACAAAUAUCAUGUUAACCUAUGUGUUCUACUCCUUUCUUUAUGAAGAUGAUAUCGAGGAAGAUAAAAAAUUUGAAAUGCCUUCAUUUGAUGAUGAGGAAAUGUACAUAUGCAGCUUGUCUGCACCCCCAAACACACGCACAUUACCAAGCAGCACUGAGCCAGCUGAGUAAUCUCUGAAAUAUAAUUAGCUGGAUGUUUUCCUUACAAUCAGAUAGCCCCUGUAUUUAAUUUAAAAUAUCUUAAACCUUAAUCCCAAUUUAGCAAAUAGAGGUAUCCCAGACAAAUAAAUGCAUGAAAAAAUUUUUGUUGUCUUUUGUCCUGAUAAUUUAAAACAUGUGUGAACACUGUACAUUUGGCUGGAAAAGUCACCUGAGCUUGUGUCAUGCCCAAAUUAAGACUUAAUGCUGAUAUUUGAAUGGUCAUGAAGCUUAGGGUAGCUUCGUUCUGAGGAAACUACAAAAGUAGUCAGUUGUGAAUUUACCUCAGAAAACGUGUCCGCAUAUCACUGAUCACCUCACUUUUUUUAAAAAAGAAAUAAAAUGUGUAUUUUCGAUGUUCAUUCAAUGUGCUCUGUUGCCACGUUACUUUUAAAAACCAUUUCAGCUUGAGUUGCCUGCUUCAGUCCUGACAUCAUCAGCUUCAUUGCUGGAUCUGGUCUCAAGAUUAUUUAGGCCAUCUAGGGCCUGGGAGGUGGUAACGGGGGGGCACUUUACAUAGUAAAGUCUUACAUUAUUAUAGAGAGAAACCCAACAACCCCCCACUGAUAAAUGCAGUGCCAUUUCAAUUGCUAUUGAAAGCCCUUCCCGAAACUGAUCAUUCAGCUUUCUAUUGAGCAUACUGAGAGUGCCUAUCAUAAGUAUUCACCCCCUUUGAUGUUUUACCCUUUUAUCGCUUCCAUAAAUCAAUCAUGGUCAAUAAAAUUUAGCUUUUUUAACAAAAAAUAUUUAUUGGAAAAAACUCUUCAAUGUUUAAGUGAAAACAGAUUUCUAUAAAGUAAUGUUAAUGAAAGAAAAUUAUAUAAAUGAAAAUAAUUGUUUGCAUAAUUAUUCACCCCCUUCAAGUCAGUAUUUAGUAGAUGCACCUUUGGCUGCAAUCACAGCAGUGAGUCUGUGUGGAUAGGUCUCAAUCAGUCUUGCACAUCUGCCCACUGCAAUUUUGCUCCAUUCUUCUUUGCAAAACUCCUCAAGCUCUGUCAGGUUGCACGGGUAUCGGGCAUGAACAGCCCUUUUCAAGUCCAGCCACAAAUUUUCUAUAGGAUUGAGGUCUGGGCUUUGACUCGGCCACUCCAGAACAUUUACCUGGUUCUUUUUGAACCAUUCCUGUGUAGCUUUUGCAGUAUGUUAUGGAUCAUUGUCUUGCUGGAAAAUAAAUCUUCUCCCAAGAUGUAUUUCUCUUGCAGACUGAAAAAGAUUGUCCCCCAGGAUUUCAGUGUAUUUUAGAGCAUUCAUUCUGCCCUCUAUCUUUACAAGCCUUCCAGGUCCAGUUGCUGAGAAACAUCCCUACAGCAUGAUGCUGCCACCACCAUGCUUCACAGUGGGGAUGGUGUGUUUUUGGUGAUGUGCAGUGUUUGGUUUCCGCCAAACAUGACGUCUUGUCUGAUGGCCAAAAAGCUCAAUUUUGGUCUCAUCAGACCAAAGAAUCUUCUUCCACUUGACCAUGGAGUCUUCCACGUGCUUUUUGGCAAACUCUAGUCCAGAUCUAAUAUGACUUUUCUUCAACAGUGGCUUUCUCAUUGCCACUCUCCCAUAAAGCUUUGACCGGUGAAGAACCCGGGCAGCAGUUGCUACAUGCACAGUCUCUCCCAUCUCAGCAGCUGAGGCUUGUAACUCCUUCAGAGUAGUUGUAGGGGUCUUGGUGGCUUCUCUCACUAGUCUCCUACUUGCACGGUCACUCAGUUUACGAGGGGGGCCUGAUCUAGGCAGAUUCACACAAGUGCCAUAUUCCUUCCAUUUCUUGAUAAUUGAUUUCACUGAACUCUGGGGGAUGUUCAGUGCCUUGGAAUUUUUUUUUGUAACCAUCCCCUGAAUUGUGCUUCUCAAUAACCCUUUCCCUGAGUUGCUUAGAGUGUUCUUCUGUCUUCAUGGUGUAAUGGUAGCCAGAAAUACUGAUCAACCACUCUCUGGACCCUUCAGACACAGGUAUUUUACAACUCAAUCACUUGAAACACACCCACACCACUCAGGUGAUCUUCAUUUCACUAAUUGUGAGGCUAUUGGCAACAAUUUGAUGGAAUUCCAUUGAAUUAGACAUUUAAAUUAAAAAGGAGGUGAAUAAUUAUGCAAAAAAAUAUUUUUAUUUAUAUAAUUUCUUUCAUUAACAUUACUUUAUAGAAAUCUGUUUUCACUUUGACAUUAAAGAGUUUUUUCCAAUAAUUUUUUUUGUUAUAAAAGCUAAAUUUUAUUGACCAUGAUUGAUUUAUGAAAGCAAUAAAAGGGUAAAACAUCAAAGGGGGUGAAUACUUAUGAUAGGCACUGUAUAUGUCUUCCCCCUGGAUCAAUAACUCAAAAUUUUUACCUUCUAACCUUUUAUAAAUCACCCUUUAAUCUUAUAUGUAUAAUAUGUAAACAGACACUGAGUUGUAUGAAUAACAUCAGCAUCAUUUCUCUUCCUAUUUUUGCAUCAUUCCCAUAAAGUUGACCCAGUCAUCAUCACAUGAACUGAAGCAUCUUGGGAAUGCUUUUAUUAUGGCCUACCAGGCAUUUUGACAUUUUAAAUUUUUUUAAACAGAAGCUGUCAGUAAGUUGCAUUUCCGCGUCUUUGCCUUGCUCGUCAUCCAUAUAGCUCAUGACAUAUACAAGUCUUGCAGAGUUUCACUUUUCUAAAAACCUCCGUCAAAGGUUAAGGUGCUUCUACAUACCUCUGAAGUCUAUGAAUUGAAGUGCUUCACUCAUUUAAAAAAAUGUUUCUGCCACUGAGUUCUGCAGAUUGAGAUCAAUCCAACAAAUGUGGUUUAAGUUUUAGUGAUCAUCAUUUUGAAUGUGAUCAAAGAUACUAAAUAUUGUCCUAAAGGGAAAAGAGCAUUCAAACAAAGACUUAACAGCUUUCCUGCAGUAUUUCAAGGAUGAAAUGAUUUGUUCUCUGCCUGAUGCUCUUCUGCUUGGCCCCCAGACUUUGAAGAACCUCUAUUUUGGAGUGUGGAAUUGGAGUGCAAUGUGGUUUGAAUGGUUGUCAAACACACAGCCCAGCAGAAUAUGUGAUUAACCCUGUUCAAUUCAACGUUCACUUAAGAGAUACUUUUUAAAAGAUUACAAAUAAUAAGUAGUGUCUUUAGUAUAGAUCAAUAAUAUGCUUAAUAAGGAGAUUGUUUGGUGUCACAUAACAGUUAAAAAACAACUGAACUAAACACAGAAUUAAACCUUUUCAUUGACAUUUUUGUAAGUCAUGUUUAGUAAUGGGUUAACAAGUUGUAGGCCAAUAAAUAACAAGGCUGUGGUGCUCCUUUUCUUUGCUUAGGUCCGCAGAGGUGUGAAAUGGUUAUGGGUUAUCGUUAAAAAAUUAUGAAUAUGACUGCUUUCUGACCUGUCAAUGCUUUAGUUAUAGUUUAGUUAGGGUUGGACACUGGUUAGUGUUUGGGAAAGAUUGAAGUUUGUGGUGAAAACAGCUACUUUGCUAAUGCUAGAGAGGUGAGAAAUAACAGUGUAUCAAUGGUGGCAUGUGUUACACACUUUGUUGACCCAUCGUCCACCAGAGCUUCAUCCCUAUGACACAAUAUUAUACCUUUAGCCACAACUUAUAAAAAAAGAUAAAAUGUGCUACUACCAUCUAAUAAAAUAUUGUUUAUGAAGUGUUAUGGUACUAUAUAUACAGGAGGCAAGAGCACAAAAGAUCAGAAUGCACCAUUCUGGGAUACUCUGACACAGAGGAUCUAUUAGAUGAUGACGAAAAUAAAACAAAGCAUUUUUGCUAAUGAUAUCAAACAUAUGAUUGGCUUUGACAUCAGGUAGAGCCCUCAGAUCGCAUUAUUCAGGGAGAGUAUCGUCAGCCGUGGAGUCACUGUUUUCAGAAUUCCCAGAGAGCUGGAGGCCCUUGCUUACUUUAGACGUGUGUUUGCGGUAAAUUGUGUACAAAUAUACAAUAUGUUCAAUAUGCACAGUAUUUUUUCACUGAAUGUGGAUGGACAGUGUGUGCUCAAGGAAGCUCAAAGAAGUGCCAAAUUUCAUGCUAAACUGCUAAACCUUUAUGUUUCUCAAUUAAAUUAAUAGAAAAAAAAAUACCCAGCAAAUUUCAAGUCAAUUUUUAAAGCCUUUAUUUUCAAUAUGAGCCUUAGUUGAAAAUUAAUCUAAGUUAAAUGUGUGUCUUUCUUCUACCCGGUGACCCUACAGCACAGAAACAAAGGUCAAAGUUAAUAUCAUUGGUGGUUUAAUGUGACAAUGAUUUGAAUUAUUGAAAUAUGUUUUUGGGUUACUUAUAGCACUUUGAAAAAUAUGAUGAUUGUAUACAUAGUAUACAAGUGAAUAAACUGCUAAUACAUUGUGCUGCAAACCCUAUAGGUAUUAUAGGGUUAUCUAUGACAUUAAUGUAUGUUUUAUUGAAUUACUGUACAAGCCAUUAAGUUAGUGGGUAAAGCAGCAUGCACUUUAGUUGUCUCUGGCAAUAAUAGAUAAGCUCCCAUCUCUUGUAAAGUAGCAUCAACUUCAAAGAAACACAACUGUUCUCGUUGUACAUUUUGAUGUUCAGAAAGAGUCAUCAAGUUUCAUGUAAGAUCGGUUCUGUCAGUUUGACAAUGUUGCUUCGAAACUGAAUCAUUUCACAAAAGACGUGUAGAGCAUUUUGUACAUCAGUACACAGUGGCGUUAAAAAAAAGAAUCCUAAUUUUGUUCUCAGAACAGAUGAACAAUUUAACAGAAUGGGUUGGUGAAAUGGCGAUGUGCUUGAAAGAGUAAUGCAGGUUUGAGUUAGUUAAACCAACAGAUAAAAAGUUUUCCGUACAUUUAGUGUAGUACUUCAUGUGAGUAAUUUCAUUUUGUGAGACCUUCAGAGAAAACUGUUGUCCUUUUUACUCCAUUCCAUUAACAGCUGUAGUAACUAGUUACCUUGAAGACUAAUGUUGUUAUGAGCAAAAUAUAAAUAAGAUGCACUGCUAGAGUUUAAACUAGUCAGUGUGACAAAUGUGUAGGCUUCAAAGAUAAUUUUAUUUUGAUAUGCACUUAGUGAUGCAAACCUUUAUCUCUGUACAUUAAAUCUUUCUCUGUGCUUCAUUUGGAGUGAUUGCUUUAUCAUGGCUUGAUUGAUAAUGCCGUGGAGCUCCAGAAGGUGAGACAUGAACAAGCAUUCCUCAUUUGUUCUGUUUUAAGUAAAGACAAAUACUGAGUCUGUGCUUUCUUUCAUUUUAUUUUUAUUUUUUGAAAGCCGUUGUUCAAGAUUUAUGGAACACUCUCAUUUGCUUUCUCUCUGAGAGUUAGCUGACAGUUGAUAUCAGGUUCUUGUCUGUGUCUUAAAGAAAUAGUUCAACAUUUCAGUUCUACUCUUAUAUGGUUUUAGCCUAGCCACGCUAGACAACCCACGGCAACGAAUUUAAUUCUCUGCCAGGGUGGGUCUAGUUACCCUCCAUAAGGCUCGAGGCUGGAUUCUCCUAAAACUGGCCGGAUGAAUCACCAUGAAGUGUAGAGUCAGAAGGCGGGCGUAACGAAGUGACGACAGAGGCGCGACGAUUCUGACAGAAACAACCGGCGCACAAUAAACAGUUAUGUUUCGACUCGGCUUUGGCCACAGCCCUUAAAGAUUUGAAGCUAAAAUUCAACUUGAAAGAUAAACAAAGGACGGCACUGAAGUGUUUCAUUGAGAAGAAAGACGUAUUUGGACUUAUGCCGACGGGAUAUGGCAAAUCCUUAAUAUACCAGUUGGCUCCGCUGGUUGGGAAGCUAAUGGGACUUAGCCACAAUCAGCCUAUUCGUUGCGCUGAUUGGUUGUAUACCUACCCAAUUGCUGCAGAGUGAUUUGAAAGACAACCUUUUAGCCCGCUUCCCUCCCUGUCAAGCGGCCCUAGACCCUUGUGCCUUCAGAAACAUGGGUCUAGCGCGGCUAGGCUAAUAUGGUUUGUUUUUGAGAGUGAAAUGAAAAAAAGUGACAUUAAUCAAAUGUUUGUAUAUUUGGUAAGGAGCUUGAGUCCAGGUGUGGUUAGCCUAGCUUAGCAUGAAGACUACCAACAGCAUGAGAUCUAGAAAAAUGUGUGAAAAUGCCACUUUAUGGCUUUAGGAGGAGUUAUGUGCUGAAAUACACAUGACUAUGUCCUGUUCUUGGAAUAAUAGUUUAUUGUUCCUCCAAGUAGGCUACACCUUUACAGCAUGGGUUGCCAGAUGUGAUCAGUGAGCACAGGCUGUAGUUGUGGGCUCUGUACCGGCGGCCUUUCUGGAAAGACCUCAGGAUGCAGAUGUUUGAAGAAAUAGUUCCAGCGCAAAGCUCCUUCUGAAAUCAAAGUUUGUCUUUUGAAAACGUAGAAGUCGAUAUCCAUCUGUUCUUCUUCCUCAUGGAAAGACGGAAAAUAUUUAUAAACUAUGAAAAUCUAAAUGUGGAACUAUUCCUCUAAGAGUUUAAUACCAGCAGUAUUUGAGAUGAGAAUGAAAUACUUACAGUGUAACACAUUAGACCUUAUGUGACAGGUCUAUAAAAACCAUGAGUACUUGUACUUCUUAUAUUUUACUACAUUUGACUUUAAAUACUUUUACUUACAUAAACUCUAAAGUGCAGUAUUCUUACAUUGUGGUACCGAUAGCUUUACAUAGUGAUAAAGGAUUUCAGACCUUUUUUCAUUCUGUGACUACCUACCAUAGUUUUAUCAUAGUUUUCUUUAUUAUAGUUUGAUAUGAAAAUAUUUUGUAGUACUGCUCUGAGACUGAUGUAGAAAUAGUAUUUGUAGAAAUUAUUCUUGUUAACGUAUCAAAAAAUUUGAUGUCACAGAGAAACCUGCUUCAGAUGUCCACUACAUGACACAAAUUCACACGGUUCUAUUUUUGCUACAGCUGUUGCAGAAUGAAUAUGGAACACAUAUUCACUCAGUUCAUCAGAGCAGCAUACCUUCUGCCAUCAAUACAGAAUAUUGACUGUAUACAUGUGUAACGCGUGCGUAUAUGAGGUAAUGUAUUGCAUUGGCCACAUCAAAAAUCUAUCGUAUUUUCAUGUAAACCGAAGAAUAAUUAGUAAGUUUGACAGAAACAUUAAAAAACAGACGAGGUACUGACAUUCAAAAUAAUUAAUUGUCUGUACAAAUGUCACAUUUGCUUGAGAUGUGUCUUUUCAAUGUGUAACUGAUCAUCUCAACAUGCCCUUGUUCAGCUACGUCAACAUGCAGCCAUUGUUCACCAAGCUUUCCAAAACAAUAUUAAAAUUGUAUCAGCUGAGAUAUUGCAUUGGCCUAAUCAAGCAGAUUUGAGUACAAACUAAAAAAAUAUUGGUGAGAAGUUGGAUAUAUUGUCAUUAUUGGCUGCUGUAGUGUCACAAAAACCAAAGUUAGAAAAAGUCUGUACGUUGUAUCCAUGGCAGUAGGAGGAAGGAAUACCCAGUGCAACAAAAAUGUAAAGACUACUGACAACAGCAAUGAAAGAAAAAAAUGAAAACCAUGGAAUGAAUGGCCGAUAAUAAUGUAACUUAAAUCUGCAUGCAUACAAAUUUAAAAUACCAUCUGAGAAGCCAAAGGUAGAUUUAAACUAAUGAGUGAAGGCAGUUAGUCUGGCUGUCUUGUUAGUUUAACACCUGCGUCAUACUUGCUAUGGCAGAACAAGUUAUCCACAGGUUCUCCAACUUCUCCAGCCACGUGAAAGAAUGAGAGCCUUUCAUACCAACCAACAUUAUUGUAGCCUUGAUUCACAUUGGCACAUUACUCCUGAGAACUGUUCAUACGAGGUACAUGCAUGCAAACAGCUUUGAUUUUGUGGCUAAAAAGCAACUGGUGUGGACGUAUUUCUCCAAUGUUCAAAGAAAUUUAAACUUAGAGAACAAAUAAAUCUAUCAGGAAGAAAUUGGUGAAGCGAAGAAGGAUAAUUGAACUGUGUUGUAAGAUUUUGUAACUCAACAUUUUUCAUUUAGGACAGCACACUGAUGUUCCUUGAAACUUUUUCAAAGUUUUAUCCUGUGUUGUGAGUACACUGGUGGUCAUUGCUUACUUAUGUGAUGUGAACUAUGUCUGCUAAUGUAACUUGGGCUUACAUGUGCUCUACCAUUCAAAGGUUUAGGGUCACCCAGGCAAUCUCAUGUUUUCCAUGAAAACUCACACUUUUACUCAUGUGCUAACAUAACUGCACAAGGGUUUUCCAAUCAUCAAUUAGCCUUUCAGCACCAUUAGCUAACACAAUGUAGCAUUAGAACACAGGAGUGAUGGUUGCUGGAAAUGUUCCUCUGUACCCCUAUGGAGAUAUUCCAUUAGAAAUCAGCUGUUUCCAGCUAGAAUAGUCAUUUACACCAUUAAGAAUGUCUCGACUGGGUUCAUUUAAUGUGAUCUUCAUUGAAAAAACUGCUUUUCUUUCAAAAAUAAUGACAUUUCUAAGUGACCUCAAACUUUUGAACGGUAGUGUAAGUGAUGGAGCCUCCUUGGCUAUCCAUACUUUUAUUCUCACUUUUUAUCCUGAAAAUUUCUAUACGAAGGUGAAAUGUUUUUACCAAUGUCCAUAUUGUUGCAUUUUUUUCUGAUACUUUAUUGCAAAGUUUUUUUUGUUGUUGUUGUUGUUUUCCCCCACAUAUUUGUUUCCUUGUGCUGUUUGGUUGUCUACUGUUCUGUUUGAUGGAUACUGGUACUUCUGUCUGAUGACAAAUAUUACCAUCAACUCGACUGGAAUUCCUUCCAAGCAAUAGCUGGCCCAGGAAGAGAAAGUAUAAGAAUGCAUCACUGGUAAGUGACAGCUGACAGCAAAAAAUGAAUCAUGAUUGAAAAGUGGGUUGUCAGAAUUCCUCCAUCACGUCACUACAAUGGCAAGAAAAUGUAAGUUGACACUUGAAGCACUGGAAUUAUCUGCAUUUAUGAAUAAAUUUAUCUUGAAACCUG